UCAACGAUCCCCUAUGAUGAGUGUACGAGACAAGAUUUCACAAAUGCCCGCAAACUUUGCUCUGUCACCUGCAGCAAUAGUUGAAGGACUAUCAUCAUUUUUUUCUGCCUUAACCCAGGGACUAAACUGAGCUUUAUACAUCCUGAAGCAAGAUUCUGAACCGAACCAGCCUGUAGCAGGGCCGGGGGUGCAGUCACGGUCGUACUGGCCCUAUUUACUCACUCUUCAAGAGCCGUUGUUCCUCGGUUUAGAACAAUCCGUUCUGCUACUUCUUUGUCCUCGACAUUCGGUCAUCUUACGCAGACUUUGGCAUAUCCAUCCAUCUUCCUAGCUUAUCCUCAGAUCAUGGAAGUCACCGCUGCAGAGCUUCAUACUGGGCGGACUCUUAGGCCAAGAGCUGAGAAGAUGCCAAAGAUGGUGACAUCUGCAACGAAACAAUAUUGCGACGAAUUGGACUCAAACCCCUUGGAGGAAGAGGACAGAAUGAAGAUUCCGAAACCUCGUCAUAAGACUGUCCUACUAAACAACAAGAAAGCGGCGCGUAAGAGAGACACGAAAGCAGCGACUUGCCCUGAUCCUGAUGAAGAUUUUCCAUUGCCCAAGAUAAAGGGACCGUCCAAGGGAACGGGAACAAAGAACCAAAAAGCUCGACUUAUAAAUGAUGAUGCAGAGUUUUUUGAUGGCCAGCCUCCAAAGAAGAAACGUAAGCGUGCUCCUAAAACAGAGCCUGUAUAUGCCAUUCCAGAGGUCGAGAGAAAGGAGACCACGUUUCGUGGGCGUCUGGGGUAUGCCUGCUUGAACACCAUUUUACGCAAUAAGAAACCUGCAGAUGAGGCGGUAUUCUGCUCGCGGACCUGUCGCAUUGCUACUAUCAAAAAAAACGGCAUAGAGUGGGUCAAGGACCUUGGUCGACGAAAUGUCGAAGAUAUGCUCAAGAUUAUUGAGUGGAACGAAGAAAACAUCAUCCGAAAUGUUCCCAUUUGCAUCCCACGAACUUUUGGAUAUUCUCUAGACUAUUGUGCCCCCGCCCUAGCUGAGGUCGGCGCCCUAGCAAACAAAUAUGGCCACCGACUCACGGUUCAUCCGGGUCAAUUUACUCAGUUGGGUUCCCCUAGGGAUUCAGUGGUCAAAGCCAGCAUUCGUGAGCUUGAGUACCAUGCGCAGAUGCUCAACCUCAUGGGUAUUGGACCUGAUGGCGUCAUGAUUAUCCACGGAGGAGGAGUCUACGGUGACAAAGAGGCAGCGCUCGCCAGGAUUCGCAAGACAGUUGAGGAAGACCUUCCUAAGGACGUCAGAGAUCGUUUAGUUUUAGAAAAUGAUGAGCUUUGUUAUAAUGCUGCAGAUCUGCUGCCGAUAUGCGAAGAGUUGGACAUCCCACUUGUGUUCGACCAUCAUCACGACGUACUCAAUCCAUCUCCUGAUCUCACUCCCUCCGAGAUUAUUGCACGUACGAAUGUUAUUUUCGCCAGGCGUGGCAUCAAGCCUAAGCAGCACUUAAGCGAACCUCGUGAAGGCGCCGUCACCGUCAUGGAACGUAGAGCGCAUGCAGAUAGAUGUCAGAGGCUACCAGAAGCCCUACCAGAUGAUAUGGAUUUGAUGAUCGAGGCAAAAGACAAGGAGCAAGCAGUUCUUCAUUUAUAUCGUCUAUACAAUCUACAGCCCGUUAUUCAUGCAUCACUUCGACCCCCCGCUAGCAUUCAAACUAAAGAAACCAAGGGCCCCAAGUCACACAGAAAGACCGGCCCCAACAAGGAUUCUUUUGAGGGAGCACUCGCACUAGACGCCGAUGCAAACCUUGAUGCCCUUGGGUUGGGUGUUGGCACAGAAGAAUGA